CGGCGGCAUGUUCCUGCGGAGGCCGCGGGCCCUGGCCGCCUGGCUAGCGGGCGCGGCGGCGGCGGGACGCGCGGGGGCGCGGGGCGGGGGCCUGCUAGCCCUGCUGGCCAAUCAGUGCCGCUUCGUGACGGGCCUGCGUGUGCGGCGCGCGCAGCAGAUCGCGCAGCUGUACGGCCGCCUCUACUCGGAGACCUCGCGCCGCGUCCUUCUCGGCCGCCUCUGGCGCCGGCUGCGCGGCCGCCCUGGCCAUGCCUCUGCCUUGAUGGCGGCGCUCGCUGGCGCGUUCGUGUGGGACGAGGAGAGGAUCCAGGAGGAGGAGUUGCAGAGAUCCAUUGAUGAGAUGAAGCGGUUGGAGGAAAUGUCACAUGUGUUUCAGCGCUCUGGAGUUGAACGCCACCCUUCAGAACCAAAAUCCCAGACAGAAGGGAAUGAAGAUUUAGGGGGCAAAGAGCAGCCAUGGGAAAUGGUGAUGGAUAAGAAACACUUUAAGCUGUGGCGGCGCCCUAUUACAGGCACUCACCUUUACCAGUACAGAGUUUUUGGAACCUACACAGAUGUGACACCCCGGCAGUUCUUCAACGUUCAGCUGGAUACAGAGUAUAGAAAAAAGUGGGAUGCCCUGGUAAUCAAGCUGGAAGUGAUUGAGAGGGAUGUGGUUAGUGGUUCUGAGGUUCUUCACUGGGUAACCCAUUUUCCUUAUCCAAUGUAUUCCCGGGAUUAUGUUUAUGUUCGACGGUAUAGCGUGGAUCAGGAAAACAACGUGAUGGUGUUGGUGUCACGUGCUGUGGAGCACCCUAGUGUUCCAGAGUCUCCAGAAUUUGUAAGGGUCAGAUCGUAUGAAUCCCAGAUGGUUAUCCGUCCCCACAAGUCAUUUGAUGAGAAUGGCUUUGACUACUUGUUGACCUACAGUGACAAUCCCCAGACUGUGUUUCCUCGCUACUGCGUUAGUUGGAUGGUUUCCAGUGGCAUGCCAGAUUUCCUGGAGAAGCUGCACAUGGCCACUCUGAAAGCCAAGAACAUGGAGAUCAAAGUAAAGGACUAUAUCUCAUCUAAGCCUCUGGAAACGGGUAGUGAAGCCAAGGCUACCACCCCGUCUUCAGAGCGGAAAAAUGAAGGUAGUUGUGGCCCUGCCCGGAUCGAGUACGCUUGAAGGGUUUUGGGAUAAGAAGGGACAGGCUGCUUUUAGCCCUGUCUCAGUUCCUUAUCUGCUACAGAAUGGGGACAUGUAUUAGAAAGCGUCUGCUGUAACCACCAGUGCAGGAUAACUCAAUAACUGGUGUCCGAUUUCAUUCAGAGCCCUUAUUGCUCUUUAUCAAAACAGGAGGAAUCAUCCAUGAGGGCGUUGUCAUAUUCUCAGGCCAAGCAUUUUGAAAUUCAGUAUUUCAUUGAGCUAAUCUGGAACAAACUUCUCACCUCAGGCCAGAAGGGGACAACUUCUUUUCGCUUCCUGAGUAGUUUCCUCUGCCAACAUUCCAGUUCUCACCAUCGGUUCUGCGGCGCUUGGGAUUUCCUUCAGUUCUGAAGGUCCAGCUGGAAAGUACAGUUGGCCAGUUGAGUCUUCAAUGAGGGGUCAUUGGGAGUGCUCUUGGUAACAGUCCUAGUGUUGAAUGGAUGUGAACUAUUGCUUGGCAGUGUAAGUGCCUUGUCCUCACCCUGCUUCUGUCUUUAGGGACAUCAAGUUUGUACCAAGGAAUUUCUGCCUCCCAAAUACCACCCCAUUGACUCGCCACCCCCCAAAGCAGUUUCCUUUGCAUUGACCAGUUCUUCUCUAUACAUGCACUAUAUUAAUUUGGAUCAUCGCCUCCUUCCUUAGUCCGUUUAUCAAGAACACUGGGAAAUGAAUCCUUUCAGAUGGUAGCUUUCUGUGUCAUCAGUGUUUUGAUAGGGUCAGUGGUGAUGCUCAAAAUAUCACACUUUAGGUUUGGGGUUUUUUUUGUUUUGUUUUUUGUUUUUUGUUUUUUUAACCUUUGUGUCAAAAUGUAGGAAUUGGGAACUUGAGUAGGAUUUCUCCAUAGUCCUACUGUAUAGAAAACACCAUGUUGAUGCAGGCAUUAUUUUUCACACUUCAGGUUUGACUGGAUGCUGAGGACUUGUCCAUCUUGGAAGGCUAAAGGCAGAGGAAUGGGGGUUGGGCCACUCCCUUGGAGCUCUCAGAGCUGUAGACAAGCUGUGUGAAGAAUUAGAUGUAAUCUUGCCCCAAAUACUAAUAUAAUGGGGAUGUGGUUUAUGUGACCCUUUUCUUCCUCUGCAAAGUUUUUCCUCCUCUUUUCAGAGUUAAAACGAAAGCAAAACUACACUGUUUGGGUAAAGUCACAAUCAGAUGUAUCAGUUUGGCCUGGCUGAUUUUGCUUAUGGUCCUGCUGCAGUCUGACAGAAUAGGGAUCAAGUUUUAAAUACUCCCUUCUCUUUUUUCCGUAGAAUUUAAACGGCUGGAUUUUCCCCUUUUUUCCUACUUGGCUACCCUUUUGUGUUGUUGAAAAGGGGAUCUAAGCCUCAGAUUGACUCAAACCUCUGGACAUUUUUGUUGCCUGUUAAGUUUUGUGCCAAGGAAAUAACUGCCCCCGUGUCUCAUGUCUUGCCUUCUCUGAGUCGUUGGCAGAACAGAGAGAUGUGUUGAGUAUCUCCAGCUUCUUUUCAUUGAUCAUUUCUCUCUUCUCAUCCCCAGGACUUCACAGAAGCCAGGGAAAAGCGCCCUGGGCUAUGUCUGAACUUAGCGCCUGUGAUUGUUGGGGCAUGGAUGGUGGUGUGGUUAAGAGCGUGUGAGUGCACAGGUGUUAAGGAGCUACGUGUUGCUCAUGUUCCUAUUUUUGGCAACUUGACCCUAUACUUGGGGUCAGUCUGUACAGUUACUUAUGUCAUUGUAAUGAUUUCACUUCUAACUGUGACAUUUUUAUCAAAUGUGUGAAUAAAUACAUAAAGAUUG